AUGGCAGAUAAGAUGUCCAUCGACAACAAAGAUCCCGUCAAGGAGGACACUCCUGAGACCACGGGCUCUAGUCCCGAGCCCGAGCAGCCUACUGCUGUCAAUGGUACUGCCAACGCCAAUGCUGCCCCGGAGAACCAGCAGCCCAAGCGAAAGGGUGGUCGCAAACCUAUUUACGCCACGUCCGAGGAGCGUAAGCAGCGCAACCGCCAGGCUCAGGCUGCUUUCCGCGAGCGUCGAACUGAGUACAUCAAGCAACUCGAGGAGGCCAUCCGUGUCCAUGAGUCUAACCUGCACAAUCUCCAGGCUGCUCAUCGCACUGCCGCUGAUGAGUGCCUGAUGCUGCGUUACAAGAACUCAUUGCUUGAACGUAUCCUGCUGGAAAAGGGUAUCGAUGUUCAAGCUGAGCUUCGAGCCAAAACGGGCAGCCCCAACUUGGGACCAACCCAUGCUCCGCAGAACAUGGUCCAGCCUCCGCCUAUCCAGCGGGCUAUUCUGAAUCGUCACCACCAGUCCCGACGAUCCAACUCGAGCAUCGCUCCGAAGCUUGAGCCUGGCAUUAGCCCUCUGCCUCCGCCAAUACAGGCAGGCCAUUCGGCGGCUUCUCCCAAGACCCGCCCGACCCCUUCGUCGCACUCUAACUCUCCGACGAACACGGCCCCGUACGGCAGUCAGCCGGCGCUUUCACCGGCGGCUUCUGACAAUGGUCCGAUGCGUGCCAUGGCGCCGGCUUUGGGGAAGUCACAACUUAGUCCCAUGGCUCCGAUGAACCCGGCCGCCCGGGCCCACAUGAUGUCCGGCGGUCCUCCCAGAGUCGGCAACAACGGUCCAUAUUACCCGACUCCGGCGUUCCAGAACCACAUUGAGCAGCUAGAGCAGGAGUAUGAUGCCCCUGCAGACAUGAUCGAUGACUCCGAGAUCGAUACACCGAGCGGCCCCGGCCCAUAUCCGAGCAACUUCUCCGGCGAUGCGCCACAAAACAUGUUGGCAUCCCCGACCUCUGUUGGUCCCGGCCAGCACAUGACGACCCAGGCUGAGCAGAACCACCCUGCUCAAACUUCUGGCGGUGCAUAUCCCUCCAUGACCCAGCUUUUGGAUACCGGCAUCGACUGGGACCCUUUCGGACUGAGCGCUAGCAUGGCCUUCCCGUCACAGUUCUCUUUCGACACGAGCAACAUGAGGGAAGUCGAAGACGACAGGGACGACAGGGACGACAGGGACGGCAGGGACGGCAGGGACGACAGGGACGACAGGGACGACAGGGACGACAGGGACGACAGGGACGACAGGGACGACAGGGACGAUAGAGACGACGAAGAUGAUGGAGACGACCGAGCUAAGAGGGUAGUCGAAUACGAUAAGGACGACAGAGACAACGAAGACGACGAAGACGACGGGGCUUCUGAAAGAGACAAGCGCGUUAAUCUCUCAAUGAAACAAAUGGAUAUAAACAUCAGUUGA